GCAACGAACCACGGUGUUUAUCCACGGUGGUUAUCCAUCCACCGCGCACGCAGCUUUCCUACGCCUCCUCUGCUUCCGGGCAUCCUCGCCGUAUUCCCCUUCCUCCGCCGCCCUCCCCUCAAAACCCCCGUCCCCCUAAAACCCUAGCUCUCGGAUUUCUCCCCCGGAGCAUACGAGCCCCUCCUCCCCUGCACAUGGCGUCCUCGACGGCCGCCAAUCUCUGGGUGCUGCUUGGCCUCGGCAUCGCCGGCGUCCUUCUGGCGGCGAAGCGGCUGAGACGCCCCGCGCGCCCGGACAGCGGCGCUUUCAUAUCGCGCCUCGAGCUCCUACCGCCGCCGCAGCCCCCGCCGCCCCAGGCGCGCCACCCCCUCACCGACCUAUGCUUUGCCGUAGCUGACGCAUUCCAUAUCAGUAGUUAUAUAACGAGUUUUGGCAGCCUAGAAUGGGCAAAGACACAUGAUGCAGCAACACAAACAUCUCUAGUGGUUUCUUCUCUUGUUGAUGGUGGUGCUAUCUGUGUUGGGAAAACUGUUAUUGAUGAGAUGGCAUAUAGUAUCCAUGGCGAGAAUAAACAUUUUGGUACACCAAGAAAUCCUGCGGCUUCGGAUCGAGUACCUGGAGGAUGCUCAAGUGGAUCGGCUGUUGCUGUUGCUGCUGGCAUGGUAGAUUUUGCCUUGGGUAUUGAUUCCGUUGGAGGAGUAAGGGUACCAGGUGGCUAUUGUGGCGUAUUGGCAUUCCGUCCUUCGCAUGCUGUCAUCCCCAACAGUGGUGUUAUUCCUGUUGCACCUAGUCUAGACACUAUAGGGUGGUUUGCAAGGGAUCCAAUUGUAUUGCGUCGCGUUGGUCAUCUUCUGCUGAGAUUAUCUUAUACUGAAAUUCGCCUACCCAGGAAUUUUUACAUAGCAGAUGACUGCUUUGAACUAUCAAAGAUACCUGCAAGAAGGUUAACUCAAGUGGUGACAAAAUCUGCGGAAAAACUCUACGGAAGACAAGUCUUGAGUCAUGUGAAUCUUGGAAAUUACUUGGCUUCAAGAAUGCCCAGCCUGAGGAACUACUCUAAUGGGCAGAAGAAUGGGGACUCAAAAUCUUGUUCAUUGCUAGCACUUUCUAGUGCCAUGCAGCUGCUUCACAAACAUGAAUUCAGAGAUCAGCAUAACGAGUGGAUAAACUCGGUCAAGUCUGCUGUUGAUGCUUGCAUAGUUGGUAAUUUGUCCGAUAAUGGUGCUUCGACAAUUGAUCUCUGCCAAGAUGUGAGAAAGGAAGCGCGCUCAGCUCUCAACGCGCUUCUUAAGGAUGAUGGAAUUCUGGUCAUUCCAACUGCUUUGGGAUGCCCUCCAAAAGUCAAUUCUAGGGAACUUUCAUCUGCAAGCUACAAUGCUGAGACAUUAUGCCUUUCAUCUUUAUCUAGCAUGUCAGGGUGUUGCCAGGUUACCAUUCCUGUGGGUACACAUGAUAAAUGUCCUAUUUCAGUUUCCUUCAUUGCAAGGCAUGGUGGUGAUCGUUUUUUGCUGGACACCACUCAAGCCAUGUAUGGCACCAUCCAGGAGCAAGUUGAGAUCCUAGCAACAUCUAAUGCUUCAAGUAAACAGGCCAUGAUCGAAGAAGCUGCUGAAGCUGCUAAAGAGAAAGGUAACAUUGCAUUUAAGGAGAAGCAAUGGCAAAAGGCAAUAAAUUUAUAUACUGAAGCGAUCAAAUUAAAUGACAAAGUAGCCACAUACUACAGUAACAGAGCUGCUGCUUUUCUAGAACUAGCUAGUUACCGCCAAGCUGAGACAGAUUGCACUAGUGCCAUCGACAUUGAUCCAAAGAUUGUCAAAGCAUAUUUACGGAGAGGCACAGCAAGGGAGAUGCUUGGUUACUACAAGGAGGCUGUCGAUGAUUUCAGUCAUGCCCUUGUUCUAGAACCAAUGAACAAGACAGCUGGCAUUGCCAUUAAUAGAUUAAAGAAGUUAUUUCCAUAAAUACGAUUACAUGGAAUUCAUUGUAUGGGAAGAUGUGGCUGCUGAUUUUGUGCAGAAACUUCUGCUUGUCCGGGGAUAGAAGUACCUGAGAGUCACCGAUACAUAAUGCUGCACAUGCUCACUGUGUUCCAAAGGUACUAAAAAUUAUCACUGCUGGUGGCAUUGGAGCUGUCAAAUAUGGAGUCAGUUUACUCGUUUUCCCCCAAGUUUUGAGAAAGCAAAAGUAUAAAUCAUAGGUUUUGAAUCAAUCAUAGUAACGUCCUCAAAUGUGUUCUACUGGUGUUUUCCUGGCCCCAAUCAUGUAUAAUAUUUGUUUCGGCAGUUAUUUUUUUGAAACAGCUUGAUUUUGCCAAUAAUGUUUCGCGGUGCUGUAUCCAUCAUCUUUUUUUUU